AACAACAAAAAUUUUAUUUUUACAACAAAAAAUAAUUUUGUACAAAAAAGAAAAACUAAUAUUUUUCAACCAACGUGUUGGCGUCGGCUCAGCACACAUAUGCAUGCAUUUGCGGCAAACGAAAAACCUACAUGCAACCGCUAUUUAAAGCUAUAAACAUCCACACACACAUACUAAAUAUAUUAGUGCAUUAACUUAUCCGACCAACAACAACUGCAAAAACAAAGAAAACUAUUGAGACAGCGCCGGGCGCAGCCGAAAAUCCAACGGCCUCUUGCAGUCUGCCUACUUAACCACACAUACACAUACAUAUAUUCAUACAACUGUAGCGACACCCAGCGCUACAAACCUGCAGAGGUUGGCGGGCACAGCUCACUUGCAUACUAUACUACGGGCACAUAUGGAACGCCGGCGGCAUAAAGCGAACUAAGGCGAAGACGACGACGACAGCGACGUCGUUGACAAUAACAAAAGCAGCAACAACAUAAAGCCAAUACGUAUAGCUAGCCAAGUAGCUAAACUGAUCGAUCGAUCGACGCAACGACCGAUAGGCAGCCAGUCAACCACGCAGCAGGUACCCUCACACACAUACUACUAUACUACACUCUUCUGCAGUGUGUGCGUGCCGUGGUAACAUAAGAUUUGUCGGCUCUACCUACUUACCUACUACCUACUGCAACUAUCGUAGCGAUCGUAGCGCCCAAAAACCAACUGAUCACUGCACAAAAGUAAAUAUCGGCGUCUGCCGCUACAGAGACAAUAACAACGGACGGCAAGUGUAAGAAAUAGCAACAAUUUCUUGCGGCGCAUGCACGCACUGUUCAUCCAAUUUGAGUGGUGAGGCGAUCGGUUGCCAAUACUUGUACUUUGUUGCCGAGAGAGCUCGUUGGAACAUGAUCCUGGCGACAGAAAAGUAAACUACUCAAGCGGUUUGCAAGCCGAGAGAAACUAUAAAUUUUAGUGAAAUAUUGUUAACUGAUGCGAAAAAGUGCGAAUUUGUUUUUCAUAAAAGUGAAAAUAUUGUGUUUUUGUAAAGAUAACGGUGUCAUCUUUAUACGCAUACACACAAAUAAAAGUUUCAAAUAAGCUGCUUUCUCACUUCCAAAACUCAAAAUCUCAGUGCAAAACUAAAAAGUGAUCCAUACGAAAGAUCGUUAAAAUUCAUAACAAGAACGAUCUCAUAAAGUGGUUUGUGAUUCUUUUAGCCGAGCUAAAGUUAAUAAGAAUUUUUAUAAAUAAAUUUCAGUAUAUGUAAAGUGAAAAAGGUGCUCAGUGAUAGUUAAGGAAACAGCUUUUAAAAUAUCAGCUUUAAAUAAAUCAUUUAAAAAAUAAGAAAAGAAGCUUUAUAACUUUAAUUGAAGUAUUCUGAAAUUCCUAAAAAAAUUCUGGUGCGCAAUAAAAGGUUAUAAACCUUAAUAUUAUGUAGGAGGAAUAAGUGUUUUCAACUCAAAAGAUAAAAACUAAAAAUAAUAUUGUAUUAGUAAAAUAAAUUUUAUUUCUUAAACAAAGUGCCGUUAAAUUGUGAGAUCACGCAAGAUCAGUUAAAAAUUAGAGAGAAAAAUAUUUGAUUUUUCUUAAAUAAAACCAUAAAGUUUACGCAAAGUAACUUUUUACAAGUUGUAAAAACUAAAAUAUUUAAAAAAAAUUUUACAAUAUAAAGUAAAAUCUUUCUGAAGUCAAAAAGUGCCUGAUAGUUGAUUAAACUGAUCAAGUUCCAUGUGUAGAACUAGCUGAAUAUCUCGUUGGUGCAAUUAUUAAGUGGAAAAUUCGUUAUAAAAUAUCAGUUUGCAAUCUCAAAUAUAUUAGAAAAGUGAUUUUGUAAAUUUUGAGCACAAAAAGUUGUUAAAGUGAGUUAAUUUGAUUAAAAAAUAUAUUUUUUACGCAACUUUGCAUAUCAGCCAACAAGCUGUUGGAUUCUUCAUACCAUCUCAACUCGUUUAGCUUCGCAUAUUUCCAUCGCAGAAAAUCGAGUGACCGCUUUACUCUGGCAAUUUUAGCCAGCUAGAUAUGCCUGCACAAUAUGGAACUUGCGAUUUGUAAAACAGAGUUGCCAACUACCAGAUUUAUGCUGCCAACUGCACCGGCCUCCUUCUAUCAGAAGAAUAACGCUCACUUCAGUGAGAUACUCAAUUUCAACACCAACUAUUUAUUCAAUAAAAAUAAUAUAAACAACAACAAUAGUAAUAAUAAUCAAAAUAACAACAGCAACAAUCAUAAUAAUAGUGCCAGUGUAAGUGCUAGUGCAAUUGUAAAUAAUAAUAAUAAUCAAAAUAUUAGUGCCAACAAUAACAACAACCACAAUACCAAUUCAAUUUUGUGCAACAACGGUAAUAGCAACAACAACGCAAGCGGCAGCAUGCGUCUGAAAAAGAAUCGGCGAGUGACGUUCCUGAAGAAUCUGAUCGAGACAAAUAUCCGCAUCAAAGAAGAGCCUGAUGAUGGCACCAAAGACAUACCGCCGCCAAUGUGCAGUUUAUCGGAUAUGUCCGAUCAUGAGGCGUCAAUCGGUGAGUGA